UUGUUACCAGGCAGACAGAACUUUCCAACAUGGCGGCGUCGAGCAACGCAGAGCAAACGCAGUUGCAGGACAUGGACGAGGAAGAUGCGGGGAUGGAGGAGAGGGAGAUGGACUCGGACGAAGGGGAGGAGGACGGCAUGGGAGAAGAAAAUUCAGACGACGAAGAGGACGACUCGUCUGAAGAUGAGAAAGAAAACGAAGCUGAAAUCCAGCGUUUAGAGGAGCAGCUGUCGAUCAAUGCCUUUGAUUACAACUGCCACGUGGAUCUCAUCAAACUUCUGAAGCAGGAGGGCGAGCUUCUGCGUCUGCGAAAGGCGAGGCAGAAGAUGAGUGAGCUGUUCCCGCUCACCGAAGAGAUCUGGCUGGAUUGGCUGAAAGACGAGAUCCGCCUGAGUGAAGAGGAGCCAAACCGGGAGAAAGUUUAUGAACUCUUUGAGAAAGCUGUGAAAGACUACAUCUGUCCAGACAUUUGGCUGGAGUAUGCUCAGUAUUCAAUCGGUGGCAUGGGCUCCCCGGGGGGAAUCGACAAAGUGAGAGCCAUCUUUGAGCGAGCUGUGACAGCUGUGGGGCUUCACAUGACCAAGGGACAGUUUGUGUGGGAGGCGUACAGGGAGUUUGAAAACGCCAUCCUGUCCACACUACAGCCUCCCCCUGGCAGGAUCCCCAGCCGCGAGGAGAAAGAGCUGCUGAACGCUCAGCUCGGGAGAAUCCAUACUCUGUUUCGCCGCCAGCUGGCCAUUCCCUUAAUGGAGAUGGAGGCGACCUAUGCAGAGUAUGAAGAGUGGUCGGAAGACGGCGUGCCUGAGACGGCCGCACAUCAGUACAAAAAGGCUUCGCUGCAGAUGGCAAAGUGCAAACCCUUCGAGGACUCUCUGCUGGUAGCAGAAACUCCUAAGCUGGCGGAGUAUCAGGCCUACCUCGACUUUGAACUGAAGGAGGGCGAUCCAGCUCGGGUCCAGAUCACCUUUGAGCGGACUAUGGCGGAGAACUGCCUGGUACCAGACAUGUGGGCGAAGUACAACAAUUAUCUGGAUCGUCAGCUGAAGAUUAAAGACUUGGUUCUCUCCACUCAUGAGCGAGCUGUCAGGAACUGUCCCUGGACCAUGGGCCUGUGGAAGAGCUACCUGCUGGCUCUGGAGAGGCACGGAGCGGACCACCACACAGUUUCAGAUGUGUUCGAAAAGGCGCUGAAUGCGGGUUUCAUUCAAGCGACAGAUUAUGUAGAAAUCUGGCAGGCGUUCCUGGACUACCUGAGGAGACGUGUGGAUUUCAGUAAAGAAUCAAGUAAAGAGUUGGAGGAGCUGCGGGGAGCGUUCUCUCGCUCUUUAGACUACAUGAAGCAGGACGUUGAAGAGAGGUUCGGUGAAAGUGGAGAUCCUUCUUGUCUUAUAAUGCAGAACUGGGCCAGGAUAGAGGCCCUUCACUGCAAGAACAUCCAAAAGGCGAGAGAACUGUGGGACAGCAUCAUGACCAAGGGGAACGCCAAAUACGCCAACAUGUGGCUGGAGUACUACAACCUGGAGAGGUCUUAUGGAGACCCCGUUCACUGUCGGAAAGCUCUCCACAGAGCCGUCCAGUGCACCUCCGACUACCCCGAGCACGUGUGUGAAGUCCUGCUGACCUUUGAGAGAGUCGAGGGGUCUCUGGAGGACUGGGACAUGGCCGUGCAGAAGACGGGGACUCGGCUGAACCGGGUUAAUGAGCAGAGAGCGAAGGCGGCCGAGAAAGAAGCCAACAUGGCUCGCCAAGAGGACGAGAGAAAUGAUAACAGGCGGAAAGCCAAGUCAGAGAAGAAGGUUCAGAAGAAGUUCCAGAAGGGAAGUCGAGUCGGGGAGAAGAGGAAAGCGGAGCAGGAUGAUUAUCACGACGAGUGGAACGAAGACCCGGAACAAGCUCCCAAAAGACAAAGAGGAAACAGAGAUCAAACUACAGAGGAGUCCAUGGAGACGGAGGCGGGUCAGUUCGGGAGGAAACCUCCGCCCGGAUAUAAACCUGCUCCUCCCGGCGCUAAAAAAGCCCAACACGGCGCUCUGGGAGACGCCCCGAAGAGGAGCGACGACAAGCCAGAGCUCCGCAACGACGACAGCAGCGUGUUCAUCAGCAACCUGAUGUACACGCUGGAGGAGCCCGAGGAGAAGCUCAGGACGCUGUUUGAGAUCUGCGGCCCCAUCAAACAGAUCCGCCCCGUCUUCGGCACCAAAGGGACGUUCAAAGGAUACGGCUACCUUCAGUUUGAGUCUCCGGUGUCCGUGCCCGAAGCGCUGAAGCUGGACAGACGGGAGGUGGAGGGCAGGCCGAUGUUUGUGUCGCCCUGUGUCGACAAAAACAAGAACCCGGACUUUAAGGUGUUUAAAUACAACAUCACCUUGGAGAAACAGAAAAUCUUCAUCUCUGGGCUGCCGUUCUCCUGCACCAAGGAGCAGCUGGAGGAAGUCUGCAAGAGUCACGGUGUCAUCAAAGAAGUUCGUCUGGUCACAUAUCGCUCAGGAAAACCCAAGGGUCUGGCUUACGUGGAGUUUGCAGAUGAGGCUCAGGCCUCUCAGGCGGUUUUAAAAAUGGACGGCAUGGAAAUAGAGGGCAACAAGAUCACUGUUGCCAUUAGCAACCCUCCGCGCAGAAACCUCAGUGAUAGACCUGGUUCCAGCAGGGACAUGGCAGACUUGAUGCCCCGUCAGGCCUAUGGAUCGAGAGGACGAGGACGCACCCAGCUCUCCUUACUCCCCCGCUCGCUGCACAGACAGAGCGCUCCUGUGGGCAAAGUGGAGAACGGGACGACGUCAGGCGGCCAGGCGGCGAAUGCAGCCGGAGAGACGAAACCUUUGUCAAACUCGGACUUUGCCAGAAUGCUUCUCAGCAAGUGAGAAGGCGAGGGAGAGAGAGGUUUAACCGCCUGCGCACUGAAAGCCAUCGUGUGUCCUUACAAAUUAGUGUUGGUGAUUUUUCUGUGAUUGGAUAUCCGGCUUCCCUUUAAUCUCCUUCUCAUCGUGUGUUCGGCCCUAAUCUCGCCACUUCCUGCCCUCCAUUAUAAAACAUUUCAACCAGGACAUUUCAUCAGCGUGGCAGGUUGACUUUUAUUUCGUUUUCUUUCCAGAUGGCCAACAGGCUGUUUUAUAUUAAAAAAAAAAACAAAGUGUAUGAUAUUUGUGUGUAAAUAUACUGUACCUAAAAUUGUUCGCCUCAUGUUGCAAAGUGUCUUCUUCUUCUGUGGUGUCAUGUUCAGUAGAGCUGAGAAGACCGUGGGGAAGAGUUUUUUUUUUUUUUACAAGAGUCCAAACAGACACAUUUGUUUGGAAAGGCUGUGCGUGCGUGUGUGUGUGUACACGGUGGCUGAGAAGUUCAAACCACAAUUACAAAGUCUGAAACAUUUUUUACCAAGGACAGAAAAAACUGACAUUUCAGAAAACACAUUUUAGACAAGAAAGAAUCUGGCCAUGAAGGGACUGUACCAAAUGCUAAAAGUGACUCAGUGAGGGGUCAAGUAGUUUGUUUUGGCGUCCGUGCAAAAUGUGUUGUAUGGAGUUUAUGCUGAACGAAUGUUUUAUCCUUUUUCUUGGAACUCCCUUGAGACGGUUAACGCCGUCUCUCCAUCAAAACGAACGACCUCACUCGUUCACUCAGUCACACCUGGGUCACAUUUGGUACAGUCCCUCUCCGGUGAGAUUCUGUUGUCUGUGAAAGUGUUCUGUCACUUAUAUGUUUGUCUUAGUGCUCAUCAAAGCGUUUCGCGUCUUGUGAAUGUGCUUUAAAAAAUUUAAAUUCAGUCGCUUGCUGGGAAUCUUCCUGAAGAUUUCCUGAUGUGUUCACACAUCGUCUCAACUCAACUUGAUGCAGAAAUUUGACUCGUGGCUAGCCGGUAAAAGUCGGGCUGAAAAAUGCUGCUGUUGGUAUUCACACCUGCAGCUCACACUGAACAUUUAGAGACAUUUUCAGGAGUUAACUUUUAAUUUUAUUAAAAAAAAGUUUUAAUGUAAAUUUGUCUCAAGCUUUGCAGAAGUGUUUCACACUUUGUAAUUUUGGUUUGUGCUUUCCAGCCACCGCGUGUGUGCGUGUUGAACUUUAUUGACAAAAAAAAUUCAACUAUUUUUUGGGUUUCUCUGAUUAAUGUGAGGGUUUCUGAAGAUGUUCGGCAGCAGGGCUAGCAGUGAUUUAUUGUUUUCUUUAUUUAACUAUCAUCUCUGAUUUAGUGGACUGUUAACUAUCGAUAUUAUGCUGCUAUAGCGUUGUAGUGUCCUGCUAACAAGUUUGAGUUUCAUGGCUUCAUCUUAUUAUAAAAUCUGCCCGAAUAUCAAACUUCUAAACCUUGAUAUCUGUGGUCGUGUUUUCACAUCUGCAGUCUCAUCAUCUCUCAUCUCUGCUGGUACGAGCAGUCUGUUCACGUUAAAAAAAAAAAAAAAACAUCCAGUGAUGUUAGUUUCCACCAAGCGGUCUGGUUUGGUAACAGUAAACUCUGCUAAACCUCAGAGGUUGUCCAUCAGGCCGAGUUACGCGCUGAAAGGAGUUUAAAAAAAAAACAGUCUCGCAAUGACUCUUAACAUCCACAGGAUAUUCAAACAUGGUGAUAUUUGUGUUUGACCUUUAUUAUCACUGUUGAUCAGGAAAUGACUAUUCUUUCGACCAAUCAACGGACUACAGUGUGUCUAGCUCCGCCCUGUAGGGUCGGAUCAGUACGCCCGACACCCUGACAGAAGGGAAGCAGAAAAAGGGAUCGGUUAUUUUGGUAUCCUUAACCAACUUUUGACAGUGGAGACGCCAAUGAAUGUGAACUGAACCAGACCGUGUGGUGGAAACAGGGCUUAAGAGAUUUGGAGAGAAAAGUACCACCCCCACAUAUUACCUGGUUAAAGUCAAAGAGAUACAAUAAACAGGAGAGCGCUUGCUUUGGGGUUUGAAAAGUUUCAGAAGUUGAUCAAUCUGGAAGCCCGAAGCGGAUGUGCAUCCAGAUGUUUUAAGACUUUUUCCCCCGUGAGAACGAAAACAUUUUCUUGAGAUCUUUUGUUUCUUAACAACGCUGGUUUUACCCACGAUCAUUUUUUUAGCAGCUUUCUUGAGAUCUCGACAAAUUAUCCUUUUAUCACAGGAAAGCCAGCGUUGUUGUCUCAAGAUAACCUGACAAGUAGUCGAGGACUCUAGAAAAAAAACUAAGUGUACUCGUUAUCACCAGAAAACAGAGCUCAGAUUCGAACCCGGUUCCUCUGCUCAGAGGACUACAGCCUUUGUACAUGGUGGUGUGACUUAACCGCUAGGCCAUCAGCAUCUGGAACUUUUAAAAAAAUAUUAAAUUGUUCAAAGUCUAAAAUAAACAAUGCGGUCAUUUUUCUGUUCUGCACUAAGAUCAUUGUUUGGACAAUAAAAAAAACAUUUGAUUGCA